UCCAACGUCUCAGAUCAUCACCAGACGUAAACGCGGAGAAGAGAGUUCAGAAAACGCCUGUAACAGCCAGAUUCAGAUUAUGUUUGCCGCGAGUUCCUGGCAAGACCAGGGGGAAAAAAGCAGGCGCGCGCGCGGCGCGCACGAGUUGAAAAAGUGUGGUCUCGGUACGUACUUUGGUCCAGUAACCUCGGGGGUCCGGUGAACCGUGUGCACGAGUGUUGGGCUUCUCUGGGUUACCACCAUGCUACUCCUUUCUGCCUCCUGCUUUCUCCUGUCCUCCUCCUCCUCUUCCUCCUCCUCCUCCUUCUCCUUCACCCAGUCGGCAGUCUGCGGCGGCACACGCCCGGGCAUGGAAGGAGAAAUAAAAGUGGGGGAGAAAGACCCUGAGGGAGGAAAGAGGGAAAUGUGAGGGGGGAAAAAAGAUCCACAAAACACAGAUAGUAUUGAUUUGAGAAUGAAUAGGCAAGAGAUUUAUAGCAGCGGCUCCUCUCGCUCUCAGGUUGUGUUCUUGUGAGCUCGGGAGAAGGAGGAGGAGGAGGUUUGGCAGAAUGGCGUGGCACUAGAUCUAGUCGCUGUGUAUCAUGUGUUGAUGGUGGUGGUGGUGGUGGUGGUGGUGAUGCUUGUGUUUGUUGUGCGUGUUGUUACUAGAAGUCCUCAACAGCUGUAGCCUAUUUACACGACCGUCUUCGUCUUUUCCUUCUCUAUAUAGCAGUCCGCCCCCUGUCCGCGCGAAACAGGCAAACUGCUCUCAGUGUGCGUGUGAGCCUGUGUAGUUUUCUUCUAGCAGCGCUGUGUUUGAAGUGAGUGGUGAUUCGCAGGGAAAGACAUGACGAUUAGACAUGGGUGCUUGUUUGAGAAUUCUGUCUGGAAGCAGGAAUAAUGACACACGUAAAGCUUUGUAUGCCUAGCAGGAGACACAACAAGGAACGGUACGGGGAAGUAAUGUCUGGAUUUGACAGAAAAGAAAAAUAAAUCCGCUGAAUGACUAACUGUUUUUAAAUAAAUACAGGUUGCAGAUGAAUCGGUCUGUGGUUAUGUUUAGACUGUGGAUUUCAAGCCCCUGCCUGGUCAAGUGGCAAGGUGUGUCAUCAGCAACUGACCACAGACAGCAGUGUCAACUGUUUCAUCAACAGCUCUAACUACACUGCGGCAGUGUCUGACAUUCCUAGAUGGAGACAGAAACGUGGGUACUGCCCCGGCACUGACAGAUACGUGACAUACUAACACCCCCCCCAAUGGACUGUGGACGGGACAAUGCUGCCACCACUCCCCCUAGCGGAACUCUGGCACAGCUCCUCUGGUUACCUCGCUGUUGUGUAGCGUUGGAAGAGUAGUCGCCCUUCCCCGGUGGGCUGUGUAUGCGUUCAAUUCGUGCCCUGAGAGAUUCGCUUUUUUAUUCUCUUCUUGAGUGAGGAUUUGGAAAUUCCUUAAAGGCUCGUGUUCUUCUGCCCCUGGAUCAGUUCUGUGGAUUUUAUGGAUCUAAAGUCCAGUGCUGCCAGUAGAUGCGAAAUCCCCGGCUACGGGAAGGAUAGCUAUGAGAUCCAAGGCCCUGUACACGCGGAGAUCGUGGACAUGAGCAUCCCGCUAGGGGGAGACGACUCCGACGGGCCGUACCAGGAGUGCUACGUGUACACAGACGUGAACGUGACGGCCUUGACCCAUGCACGCAGCGAGAACGUGAGCGGACAGCUCCUGGUCAACGUGAGCUCGCCCGACAGAGGUACCCGCUACUGCCAGAAGUGGGUGUAUGAUACCAGUGAGUUCUACAGCACCAUGAUGACGGAGCUCCCCACAAAGAUCCUUGGGGGUCACACAGAGACUGCGCCAGUCUGCAAGCACGGAGCAGGAGCGGCCCCGGACGGGGGGAUAUGA